AUGCCGCCGAAUACUAGAAAGCGUAAGACAAUUUGCAACCUUCAAGAUGAACCGAUUGAAAACCCACCAAGGUUGACUCAGAGGCAGAGGAUGAACCAAACACGCAAAUUGCGGUCCCAAGAGUCAAUGAUGCUAAAUAGGCGUGAUACUGAAGCCGCAAGCAAUGAACAAGAAGAUGAUGAGAUUACUCAUGAACAUGAAGGAAAAAGAACUCGAGGUAAAACUAUGAUGUUGGCGACUUGGGGCCGUCCAUGGAAUUUACCCCCCAUAAAACUUGAUUUUGAUGAUGAUGGGAAAGCAAUAGCAAGAAACAAUAUGUACUGUCCGAUUCACAUUAAUGAUUGGCGUAAAAUCCACGAUGAAGACAAGGAGGACAUGCUGGCUACCAUUGCGGCACGAUUUGACAUCACCAUGGCCGAUACAGAUUGGAUUCUUACCUGCAUAAAGAAUGCCUGGAAGAAUUGGAAAAAUCAACUUAAAAAUGACUAUUUCCUUCCCAAUAAAGAGGUACCACAUUCAGUUGAAUUGACUGAUGACAGGGUGAAUAAAGAGCAAUGGGAAAAAAUUCAGGCUUAUUGGAAUGAUCCAAAAGUAGAGGAUGGGUUUGAGCAGCGAAGGAAUGAACUCCAUGAAGGCGCAGAAGACCCACUCGGUCCAAAUGACAUAUUUGCCCAAGUUGUUGGCCCAGAUCCACCUGGACGGCUUCGUAUGAUUGAUACGGGUAUUUAUUCAUCCAAUGCAUCAACAAAUGUUUCAAAACGGCAAAAGUACAAACGUGAACUUUUGGAGUAUAACAGAGAAAUGGUAGUCAUGAAAAAUUCACUUGAUGAUAUAAAGUCACAAAUGACAUCACAACAAAAAUCACCUCAAGAUUCAUCUACGUCUAUUCCAACAGAUCAACCUCUUCAGGUGAAGAACGACGUUCAUAUCAAGAGUUUAACUGAUCCAACGAAAAUUGUGGCAAAAGGAGUCCUUCGUAGCCUUGAUCCGGAUACUGAAGUAGGAAGAAUUCCACUAGGCCUUGACUGGUGUGAAGUUCAUAUAAAUUCAGUGAUUCAUUAUGGUGAACGAUUGGUCCGACCUUAUGACUGGUUCCUAACUUUUGAAGAUGCACUUGGUGUGUCUGUUGCUUGGCCUUGCAACUUGGUGAAAGUUAUUGAAUGA